AUGACCGUGAGUGUGUUCCGUCUCGUCCGCGUCGUGAUGGGGGUGUGCUUCGAGCGGACGAUGGCUGACGUGGCCGUCGAUGACGUUCGCUGGCCCGCGGGACAAUCUCCAGCUGCGGCAGCGGUCGAGGCCGCCGAUGCUGGGACCCUCGACCCCACUAAAAACGACCCCACGACCACCACCCCCCUCGACCACCACCACCCCCCCGCUAGCCCGACGACCACCCCGCCACCACCUCCUUGCCUUCCCCCCGAGACCACCCCCCCCAACAUCAACCAACAUACGACCACCAUCCCCCCUACUAUCCUAACGACCACCCCGACCCCCACCACACCCCUUCAACCUCCAACACCAUGCACCUCCAACAGCCUCAGGACCACCACACAUCCCUCCUCUUGCCACCACGACCCGACGCUCUUUCUCCACCCCACCCCUACAGCACACAACAGAACCUCUGCAGCUUUCCAACGCAACCGCUGGGCCCCUGUUACAAAAACCCCCACAACGCCCUGUCCACCGCCCCCACUGAAACUGCGUUACCCCACACGUACCCCGCCCGUCACUGCGGGGAAACCCCCACGCCACAGCCCUCCUCCCCUGCCACAGAAAAUGAUACCACUCAACAAAAGAAAAACCAUUGCCCCGCCCACCCCCGCGUCGUUCCUGAAGCACCCGCCCACGGGACGCCACUGUCCAGCGACUACAGCAGCUUCUGUGCACAGACCAAGGGGACGUCCGCACGAGAAGCUCAACCCAGGGGGUCAAGGCGACAUCGACGCCUGCUCGGCCGUUUCCCGGGCGGAAAGGGCUCCUCGCGUCCACCGCGACCUUUCCCUCGUCGCUUCUGGGGUCGCCGUUGUGGUCUCCGUCGCCGUGGGUGUGGGGGUGUACGUGUGGAGAUCCGCCGGCAGGAAAGCUGCCGGGGACUCGGGGAUCCGGUUCCUGGCGCGGGGACGAAGUGCAAUGGGGGCAACAUCUUCAGCCUGGGGGGCCUCGGGCCCCCACGGACCGGUGGCCUGA